UCAGUUUGGAUCAGUCAUCAGCACAGGAUGUCUCAAGCAAGUGGUGAUUGUUCCUCAAGUCCUCCACAGCUAAAUCUUUUGCUAGAGAGAGAUCCAUACCUCAAGUUACAUGAGGGAGAAAUCAAGAGAAGGUAUGCGGAGUUCAGCAAGCUGCUGGCCGGCAUCAACGAGCAUGAGGGCGGGCUGGACCACUUCAGCCGCAGCUACGAGCGGUUCGGUAUGCACGUGGACCGCGACGGCUCAGUCACGUGCCUGGAGUGGUGUCCGGCCGCCGAGGCGCUCUACCUGAAGGGCGAGUUCAACAACUGGCAGCUGGCCGAGUUCCAGCGCCUGCCGUUCGGAAAGUGGCAGCUGACGCUGCCGGCGAAGAACGCCAUGCCUCCCAUUGCGCACCUCUCGCAGGUCAAGCUGGUGAUCAAGACCAAGUCGGGCGAGUUUGUGGACCGCCUGUCGCCGUGGGCGACGUACGUGAAGCCGCCGCCGACCAAGGACCUGGGGAUCGCCUACAAUCAGCACCUGUGGAACCCGCCCAUCAAAGAGCGCUACCAGUUCCAGCACGCCCGGCCGCGCCGGCCGGCCAGCCUGCGCAUCUACGAGUGCCACGUGGGCAUUGGGACGGCCGAGCCACGCGUGGGCCAGUACACCGAGUUCGCCCGGAACGUGUUGCCACGCGUCGCCAAGCUCGGCUACAACGCCAUCCAGCUGAUGGCCGUCAUGGAGCACGUCUACUACGCCAGCUUCGGCUACCAGGUCACCAGCUUCUUCGCCGCGUCCAGCCGCUACGGCACCCCGGAGGAGCUGAAGCAGCUGAUCGACACGGCGCACGGGCUCGGUAUCUACGUGCUGCUCGACGUGGUGCACUCGCACGCCUCCAAGAACGUGCUGGACGGUCUGAACGAGUUCGACGGCUCUGACAGCUGCUUCUUCCACGGCGGCUCGCGCGGCGUCCACUCGCUGUGGGAUUCGCGGCUCUUCAACUACAGCAGCUGGGAGGUGCUGCGCUUCCUCCUCUCCAACCUGCGCUGGUACAUGGAGGAGUACCGCUUCGACGGGUUCCGGUUCGACGGAGUGUCGUCCAUGCUGUACCACAGCCACGGCAUCGGCCAGGGCUUCAGCGGAGACUACAACGAGUACUUCGGCCUGGGCACGGACACCGAGUCGCUGGUGUACCUCAUGCUGGCCUGCUACAUGACCCACAAGUUCUACCCCGAGUCCACGACCAUCGCCGAGGACGUGUCUGGUAUGCCGGCUCUCUGCUGUCCAGUGGAGCAGGGCGGCACGGGUUUUGACUACCGUCUGGGAAUGGCCAUCCCCGACAAGUGGAUCGAGCUGCUGAAGGAGCACCCCGACGAAAACUGGGACAUGGGCAACCUGGUCUUCACACUCACUAACCGUCGCUGGAUGGAGAAGACAAUCGCCUAUGCUGAAUCUCAUGAUCAGGCGCUCGUCGGCGACAAGACCAUCGCGUUCUGGCUGAUGGACAAAGAGAUGUACACGAACAUGUCGGUGACGAGCCCACCCAAUGUGAUCAUCGACCGCGGCAUCCAGCUGCACAAGAUGAUUCGACUGCUAACGCACUCUCUCGGCGGCGAGGCGUAUCUCAACUUCAUGGGCAACGAGUUCGGCCACCCGGAGUGGCUGGACUUCCCACGCAUCGGCAACAACGACUCGUACCACUACGCGCGCCGCCAGUGGCACCUGGUCGACGACACCAUGCUGCGCUACCGCAUGCUCAACGACUUCGACGCGGCCAUGAACCAUCUGGAGGCGCGGCUGGGCUGGCUGCACGCCGACCCGGCAUACGUUAGCUGCAAACAUCAGGACGACAAGGUGGUGGUGCACGACCGCGCCGGCGUCGUGUUCGCCUUCAACUUCCACACCAGCAAGUCCUUCACCGGCUACAAGGUGGGCGUCGACGUGCCUGGAUGUUACCAGAUAGUGCUGGACACAGACCGGGCCGAGUUCGGCGGCCACAACAGGGUCGACCCCAGCACCAAGUUCUUCACGCUGGACGAGGGCUACUGCGGUCGGCGCCACUCGAUGCUGGUGUACCUGCCCAGCCGCGCUGCGCUGGUGUUCGCCCGCUGCGACUGAGCUGCCAGCGGAGACGCCGCGUCUGGCGCCGCGGGGAGCGCAGUCUGAGGCGGAGACGCCGCGUCUGGCGCCGCGGGAAACGCAGCCGGAGGCGGAGACGUCGCGUCUGGCGCCGCGGGGAGUGCAGUCUGAGGCGGAGACGUCGCGUCUGGCGCCGUGGGAAACGCAGCCUGAGGCGGAGACGCCGCGUCUGGCGUCGCAGGGAGUGCAGCCUGAGGCGGAGACGCCGCGUGACGCGCUGGACGCGGCGCGGCAAUACGAGCUGUGUGACGGUGCCUGGCGCAGGCCGGCGCGCGAACGGAGGCCAUGGCGGGCUGUGCGGGGAUGGGGUAGUCGGGGGCGGUGCUCUAGCCGAGGUAGACGAGGUGUAUGGCUCGAGGGACGCGGCAAUCAUGUUACUUUGUAGGGGUUGUGUGGUUUUAUUAUGUACCUGUAUUGGUCAGAUCUGAAACAGUAACAGUUUACGUUGUUGCGAUUAGACGCCCGACGCUUCGGACCCGCUAAUAAGCCGCUCAGGUGCUUGUAAUACUCUUGUAGGGUGGACCACGUCGUCGAAUAAAUUGUGGGCGGCAU